AUGAAAAGAUCAUUUUCUCAUCCAAUAAGAAGAAUUACUACUUUUUAUAAAUCAGCAAGAUUAAGAUCAGAAUCCUGGAUUCCAUCACCUAUCAGAGUUUCAAUAAAUUAGUUUUCUAUAUAAAGAAGAUCCCUUGAAUUUCCUAAUUAAUGCUAAAAAUUAAAUUCCCAUAAUUAUAAUCAUGUGUAUUUGUAUUGUUAAUUUUAUAGAUUGAUAAUUGGAAUGAAUAAUUGAAAAAAGAAUUGGCUAAUAAGAUAAAAGAAAUUGAUGUAAUUAAUAAAAAGACUUAUUUAGAAUUUGAAAAAGAAUAUCAUUUUAUCAUUAGAAACAAUAGAAAAAUAAGAAGCAAUCAUUUAAGAAUGGCAAAAGAAAUAUUAAGAAUAAGAAAAAUAACAUAAUAGAGAAAUAGCAUAAUUAAAAAGUAAUCUAGAUAAUUCAAUAUUUGAUGAUCCUUAAAUAGAUAUAAUUUAAUAACAAAAUGAUAACAGUCAUCAUCAAAUAGUAGAUGAUUUAUAAAUUAUUUAAGAAGAAAGCGAAUAUCCUUAAAUUAAAAGUCUAAAUUAGUCUGUUGCAUAAAAUUUUAAAUUUUAUGAAAUUAUAAAUGCUCUCAAUAAGUUGAAUUUGGAUGAAUCACCAAUUAUUGAAUAAUUAGAUAUAAAUGAAUCUUACAUAAUAUAAAGAAUCAACAAAAUAAUAAAUUAUACUCAUAAAUUAGAAACUGAAAUUGAUGAUUGGAAAUGCAAUUAUUGGAAUCUUGAAAAGUAACUCAACUCUUAAUUAAAAGAUAAUUUUAUUUAAUAAGGAUAAUCUUAGGAAAUUGAAAUUGAAUUUGAUUUUGAUAAAAAUUAAUUAGUUAAUGCUAUUUAACCAAAUAGUAAAAGAUCAUUAUAAGCAGAAAAUUCUGCCUUAUAAUAAGAAAUAUAAAGAUUAUAAGAAUUAAACAAUUAAUUAUUGAAUUAAUAGAAGAGUUAAACUAAAUAAGUUUUGGAAUCUCUAAUAAACAAACAAAAGAAAACAAAUAGAAAGAAGAAUUUAACUCAUAUUCCAGAACCUGCAAAUAAACAUUUCACAUAGGUUUCAACUCAUCAUACAAAUAGUCAUAACAAUACUAAUAAGAAAAGUCAUCCUACACAAUAAGGAUCUCCAAAUUAAUAAAGAAAUAAUCAAUAAAUAAAUUCUUAUUUUAGCCAUUAUUUUUAAUAACAAAGAGGAUAACCUACAUAACAUUACUCUCCAGUAAUUUUAACUAAAGUUUAAUAGUUUGCAACUAAAUAAUAAUUAGGAAUAAAAUAUCUUAAAGAUAUGUCAAUGGAUCAUUAUUAUAAUGUGAAUGUAUAUUAGACACCAAUUAUAGUUAAGUAAUCUAGUUUGAGUCCUUAUUAAAAAUCAGGAAACAAAUUUAUUUAAUUUUGA